CCUCUCUCCUCAGGAAGGUCGCGCAGGCGCAGAGAGGCGCGGGGCAGAAACACUGUCCGAGACCGAGGAUGGCCAAGAUGUCGCGGGGUUCGGGGUUGCAACCCAGAGACCUCCCCGAGGAGGUGAUCGGCUACACACCGGAUGAGAAGCUCCGGCGCCAGCAGCUGCGAGAUCUCCGGCGCCGCUGGCUCAAAGACCAGGAGCUGAGCCCCCGGGAACCCGUCCUUCCCCCGCGGAAGCUCGGCUGGGUGGAAGGUUUCUGGCAGCGUUUCCUUCAGCCCGAGAGAUUGUGGAAGAGACAGGUAUUCAAUGUCUACAAUGCUGGAAAAUUUACUAUAAUUAACCUUAUUAUUCCUCUAUGGAUUGCACAUUAUAUUGUAAAGUAUCAUGUAAAGGUUACUCCCCAUGGUAUUAUUGAAAAAAAGCAUACAAUAUAUCCAGGAGACAGGAUGGAGGAAAAAGGAAUUCCUCCACCAUCACAUGGAACUGCAGCAGAAAUACCAUUUUGUGAGGACUGAGAGACUCUUAAGACCUGUAAAAUGAAAACACUUACUUUACUGUUUCCUAUGUAAAUGAAUAUAUAAUUCAAAAUGGACAAUAAGAAAUUUAAUGAUU